AUGAUCAUAGGUUCAUUGAACAUCAGAGGGGGAGGCAGUAGUGCUAAGAGGAGGAGGAUUCAUCAAUUAAUUGUGAAAGGUAAUGCUGAUAUUUUUCUUAUCCAAGAAUCUAAGCUUGUUGCUGUUUCUAAUAGUAUUGCCUUUAGUUUUUGGAGGAGAAGGGAUAUAGGAUUUUCGUUUAUGUUGUUUGUAGGAGCUUUUGGAGGGUUAAUUUCUCUUUGGAAUUCUGAGUCUGUUCAAGUUCUGUGUAGCUUUGGUGGGGAGGAUUAUUUGGGGUUAAAAGUGGUCUGGAUGGAGGAGGUUUUUUACAUAGUUAAUGUCUAUUCGUCUUGCAAUAGUGGGGAGAAAAGGGUGUUAUGGAGGAAGUUACUAGAUUUAAAAUCUAGGUUCUCGGACGGAGAGUGGGUGAUUGCUGGAGACUUCAACGCUGCUAAGAAUAUGAAUGAGAGGAAGGGGAGUUUGGGGAGGUAUAAAGUUAGCGAAGCGAGGGAUUUUUUGGAGUUUAUAAAUUUGAGCAAUUUGGUAGAUGUUCCUAGUAAAGGAAAAAAGUUUACUUGGUUCGGAGGAGAUGGGAAGGCGAGAAGUAGAAUUGAUAGAUUUCUUGUGGCGGACAAUAUUGUGAACAAAUGGGGAGUUGUUUGCCAAAUGGUGGGUGAUCGGGAUGUGUCGGAUCAUUUUCCGAUUUGGUUGAUUAGUAAUAAAGUGAAUUGGGGCCCAAAACCUUUUAAGGUGAAUGGGGAAUGGUUCUCGAACAAGGAUUUCUUACCGUUUGUGGAGAAGGUGUGGAAAGAAUUAGUGGUGGAAGGGAGAGGAGAUUCCGUGCUUAAAGAAAAGUUGAAAAUUCUUAAAGAGAGUCUUAAGUGGUGGAAUUUGAACGUGUUUGGCAAGUAUGAUUUGGCGGUGGAGGAAGGGGUUCGUGUUAUGAAUGAGGGAGACGAGAUGGUGGAUGAUGUUGAUAGAGGGGAGGAUAGUUUGGGGGAAGAUGAGGUGAGAAGAAAACGAAGAGCUUGUAGUGAUUUUUGGUUUCAUCUUAAAAUAAAAGAGAACAUGUUGAUUCAAAAGUCGAGGUUAAAGUGGUUGAAUGAUGGAGAUUGUAAUAGUAGAUAUUUCCAUAAUAUCAUGAAAUCGAGGAGAAUCCGUAAUCAUAUCGGUUCUAUUGUUACGGAAAGGGGAGUGGUUGACUCGGUGGAGGAGGUUAAGUAG